UCAGCGGGGCCGGUGCUGCGGGACCCCCCCCACCGUGCUCCCGGUGGGACGCCGGUUCGAGUCCCCGCUCCGCGGAGGGGGUUAUUCCGGGUGAAGGAGGAACCCGCGGGGCCGCCCCGUCCCGAGGAGGAGCCGCGUUCCUGCCCGCCUCCCCCCACCAGUCUCCCCGCCCCGUCUCCCCGCCGCGGGGCCGGCGGUAGCGGUGCGGGAAUAGCGGUGCCCCGCAAUAGCAUCCCGCGGGCCGGGCUGUCGUCGAGCCGGAGCUUGCUGGUGAGAAGGGAAAGCCACCCGCAGCCAUGGAAGGGGGUGUGCAGCUCCUCAACCGCGAUGGCCACAGCAUCUCCCACAACUCCAAGCGGCACUACCACGAUGCCUUCGUGUGCAUGAACCGCAUGCGGCAGCGCGGGCUGCUCUGUGACAUCGUGCUCCAUGUGGGCACCAAGGAGAUCAAGGCCCACAAGGUGGUGCUGGCGUCGUGCAGCCCGUACUUCCACGCCAUGUUCACAAAUGAGAUGAGCGAGAGCCGCCAGACGCACGUGACGCUGCACGACAUCGACCCGCAGGCCCUGGAGCAGUUGGUGCAAUACGCUUACACAGCUGAGAUUGUGGUGGGCGAGGGGAACGUGCAGACACUCCUCCCUGCUGCCAGCCUGCUUCAGCUCAAUGGUGUGCGGGAUGCUUGCUGCAAGUUCCUGCUCAGCCAGCUCGACCCAUCCAACUGCCUGGGGAUCCGGGGCUUUGCUGACACUCACUCCUGCAGCGACCUCCUCAAGUCUGCACACAAGUAUGUCCUCCAGCACUUCGUGGAGGUGUCCAAGACAGAGGAGUUCAUGUUGCUGCCUCUUAAACAGGUGCUGGACCUCAUUUCUAGUGACAGCCUCAACGUGCCAUCGGAGGAGGAGGUGUACCGGGCUGUGCUCAGCUGGGUCAAACACGAUGUGGACAGCAGAAGGCAGCAUGUCCCAAGGCUUAUGAAGUGCGUGCGGCUGCCCCUGCUGAGCCGGGACUUCCUCAUGAGCAACGUGGACACGGAGCUGCUGGUGCGGCACCACUCGGAGUGCAAGGACCUGCUCAUCGAAGCCCUCAAGUACCACCUCAUGCCGGAGCAGAGAGGGGUCCUGAGCAACAGCAGGACGAGGCCACGGCGCUGCGAGGGGGCCAGCACUGUGCUCUUUGCUGUGGGUGGAGGGAGCCUGUUCGCCAUCCAUGGGGACUGCGAGGCCUAUGACACGCGGACGGACCGGUGGCACAUGGUGGCCUCUAUGUCAACGCGCAGGGCUCGGGUUGGAGUUGCUGCCAUUGGGAACAAGCUGUAUGCUGUCGGCGGCUACGAUGGCACCUCUGAUUUGGCCACAGUGGAGUCCUAUGAUCCCGUCACCAAUUCCUGGCAACCCGAGGUGUCCAUGGGCACCAGGAGGAGCUGCCUGGGUGUAGCAGCACUUCAUGGGCUUCUCUAUGCUGCUGGGGGGUACGAUGGGGCCUCGUGCCUGAACAGCGCAGAGCGGUACGACCCUCUGACAGGCACCUGGACAUCCAUCGCUGCCAUGAGCACCAGGAGACGCUACGUCCGGGUGGCAACGCUAGAAGGCAACCUCUAUGCUGUUGGGGGAUAUGACAGCUCAUCCCACUUAGCCACAGUAGAGAAGUAUGAGCCCCAGAUCAACACUUGGACACCCAUUGCCAACAUGCUGAGCCGCCGGAGCAGCGCCGGGGUGGCUGUGCUGGAGGGGAUGCUCUAUGUGGCUGGUGGCAACGAUGGGACCAGCUGCCUUAACUCUGUGGAGCGCUACAACCCCAAAACCAACACGUGGGAGAGUGUGGCACCCAUGAACAUCCGUAGGAGCACCCACGACCUGGUGGCCAUGGAUGGGUGGCUGUAUGCAGUAGGUGGCAACGACGGGAGCUCUAGCCUCAACUCCAUCGAGAAGUACAACCCCCGUACCAACAAGUGGGUAGCAGCCUCGUGCAUGUUCACACGCCGGAGCAGCGUAGGGGUGGCUGUGCUGGAACUCCUCAACUUCCCACCCCCUUCCUCGCCCACCCUGUCGGUGUCUUCGACGAGCCUUUGACAAAGAAUCAGGACCUACCUUACCUCAAGGGGACAGGGGUGCGUGGUGGAGCUCUAGGCUCACCCCACGGGGCAGCCGGUCGCUGUAGGAGGAGAGCGAAGGGACCGGCCGCUGCCUCCAGCCCCAGCAUUCCUUGAACCCUGGAGCCAUCCCUGUUCUCGGUGCACACAUCGGAUCAGCACGACCACAGCAGUUAGAAAUGUGCUUCCUGGACGAGCACCCUCCUUCUAGAGGGCAAGAAGAGAGGAUGCUCUCUGCUCCGUUCAGACUCAUCUCACCGCUCACCCAAAGGGGGUAUAUUUUCUUUGGGGAGAGGGAACUUUCAACCAUUGCUGCUUCUUGGAUUCCCGUGAUCCAGCCGGUGCCACACGGAUGAGCACAGCCAGCCUUGGAGGCUUCCAGGAGUCCUGUGGGGUGGCAGAGGUGGGCAGCACCCAAGGACAAGGCUGAAUGUGCAACUGCUCCUCUGAAUGUCACUGUAGCCUAACUCUUUAACCAAGCCUAUCGUGCACUGUUAAAAGACUCUGAGGCCACUGUAUGGUUCUCAAUGGUGUCUAAUUGAUGCCUUAAAAUACACAAAACAGAAGAAGCCCAGCUUAAGGGACAGGGCCUGGAGGAGGUGAGGUUUGGAGACAGGACUGGAUGCAGCAUCCUGAACCCUCCAGCGUUUCCAUGCUCAGCUGGCUCCGCCUCAUUCACCAUGAUCCCAACUGACCAUUGCUCUGGUCUGGAGGAUGCUCAUCGCAUCCUCCCCAGCCAGGAGGAUGAGUUGAGGGACCCUGUUGGCAUCCGUGCUGCUGUUGUCCCAGGUUCCAGAGACCGUGUGGCUGCCUGCUCUGUGCACGUGGUCCUGGUUCAGCUUGGGAAUGGGCCGGCCUGUUUGUUGUUCCUCUCUCUGCAAAGCAGAUGCUGGGUGAGGGAAAGGUAUUGGUUCUCAUUCUCUUCUGAAGGAGGAGGAUUUCCUGGCAUUACUUUUUUUGGGUGUUAAUAUUUUGCCUUUUUUAUUGUUUGAAUGCUAAUACUUUAAUUUUUAAUGACUUCACAUCCCUUUAUUUUUCACACUCCUGCAAUUCCCCAUCCCAUCUGCUUUUAAAGCAGCAGAAGGGAUGCAAUUACUUUCCUCAGUUGUGGAUGAGAUGAUGACUGCGUCCUGGAAGACGUUCUCUAUAGAUGUAUGGGUUUGUAUGUGCACGUGUGAGACACUGUGACAACAGCAUGAAAGGGACCAUUUGCAAUUAGUGACUCCCUGGCAAUUAAGCAACCACUUUAAUUAGCUAAAGGUUGAGUAAAUCAGUACUGUAAGUCAAUAAGACCCACUAAGUAAGACCCACCUAUGCCAUGAAACCUCUUGGGUGGUGUUUUCAGUACUUAUGCUCUAGGAUGUGUGUGUGAGCCUUGAACUGAGACGUGUUAUCAGGUGUUCUCCACAUUACAGAGGAAUGACUCAACCACUGGUACCUCAAUAGUGUUCAAAUGUAGCAUUGGAAAUACGGUCUAACUGUUCAGAACUAACUCCUUUAUCCUUUCUUUAUUCCCUGCUCCUUCUCAUCUCUCAUUUCCAGAGUUUGUAUUUCACUUUGAUGGCGUCUGUUGGCCUGAACUUUCAAGGGGCUUUCAAGAGAUUUCUUCUCUUUUCUUUGGGGUGAAAAGAGAGUUUGAGAUGAGACAGGGACUCCCCAACUUCAGACAAUGCUUAUGGUGAUCUGCUUUCUCCUUGGCCAGGUGCCUGCAUGUUUUACAAGCCCACUUACAGUGCCUCACGUUGGACCCCUGAAAUUACCAGCAGCUUCUGGAAAUCUGGGCUGCUUCUCCCCCAGCCUCUCCCCAAGGACACUCUGUAGUGCAGAGGACCCUGCAGAUGUCCAGGCUCUGCUCAUGCAGGUUGUCCCUUGGUCAACGUGGUCACUUGAAUCUGCUUUGUUGGAAGUAAUGAUGAAAUGGGUGAAGUCUGCGCUGCUGCAUGCAUGAGGUCUCAAUCAUAGAAUCAUAGAAUGGUUUGGGUUGGAAAGGACCCUAAGAUCACCUAGUUCCAACCCCCUGCCAUGGGCAGGGACACCUCACACUAAACCAUGUCACCCAAGACUCCAUCCAGCCUGGCUUUGAACACCUUUCCAUCCCACUCCUAUAAGCAACAUCAGGAUUCUAGUCUUCUGCUGGGCCAGUGCAUUCAAGGUGGCCAUGGCUUAGGGUGCUCUUUGAACAGGAUCACCCUAAAAGCCCCAUGGCUGUGUCAGAAGGGAAGGAUGCUGAGGUCCUGCUGAGGCCUUUGUGUGAGGAAUGGUGUAAAGAUAGCAGAGCCCAGCCAGCCUGCUGAAGGACAUACAGCAACUGCUGAAGGGCUGAUUUCAACCAAGUUGUUGUUCUAGUGAUGCUUCACAUCUGGCCAGCUGUGGCUGUUAGCGUGAAUGGGGGCUGCUGCCUUUAGGGGGGCAGCAGGCAGGCGAAACUGGAGGGGAGGUGAGCUAUGUAGAAGGCUGAGGAGAAGCUUUAUGCCAUGAGCCCUUGGCCUCAGUUGUAAUCUUUAGCAAUUUACACCACCAACGGUGUGCAGUGCUGCCGUGCCCCUUGAGGAUCAGGGAAACAGGCAGGGUGGCUCCUGUCACCCCAUCACUUGGGUCCUGAGCAAUAUCACCACUGAGCCUGUUCUGCAGAAACCUGGAGGGGAAGGAGCUUUUUGUGUCUGUGAUGUUCUAACUAUGCAGGUGCUCACUGCUUUCCUGUCAAAGAGUAAGAAGGAAGGAAAGGGCAAAAGAGUUCCCCAGCAGCUUGCGGGGGUCCGGAGCACCCUGACCCACACUGUGUGGACACGAGGUGUCAGCGUCUGCCCUGGGACAUCCCAGGGUGGACUCGCUUCUGGUGCUGCACAUCCCUUGCUGAGGAGGAGGCCUCGGAGGGGAUGUGUGUCUGUGUCUGUCUGUCUGUAAUACCCUAUCUGAGGGGAGGAGAACUGUCAACUGUGCGUGGCUUCUCUGCCAGUUUUAGUUUAGUGGUGUCUCACCCAACAUGUUACUUGUGCAAUUCCCCACGUGAGCUUUUCCCAGCGGAGGAGCAUCCCCCAGCGGGUGCCUCCGGGGCUGUGUGUGUUGAUGUGGUUCACCCAGGGACCCCGGUGUCAGCCUGCAAGGCCAGGCAGGAGCCCUCACCCUGAUGUGUGGGGAGAGGGUUCCUUGGCCUUACUGGUGGGCAGACCCGGUUUACUCCAUGUCAAACCCUUGUCACUUUGAUUUCUCUGUAAGUUAUCUGACUUAUUUAUGUGGAACUCUGUUUCUCUGAAUUUUUUGCACUACAUGGGGUCGGGGAGGGGAUACAAGCAAUAGAAGCCAACGUGUACAAUAAAGAUGUUUUCUUGAAUACCG